AUGGAUCCAUCUGUAAAUUUAUAUGAACAAAUGCCAACAUUUGCCAAUAAAGAGAAUAGGGAGCUUCACCAACGCGUUAUGGCGAAGCGAGAAGAGCUGCAAAAGUUAGAUGCAGAAUGUAAAGACUUACAGGAGCGUGUAACUACUUUAACAGCUCACUUAAAAGACUGUAAAGUCGAAAUUACGUCAACACAAGAAUUGGUUACAGCAAAAGAAGCUCAAGCAGAAGAUGAAAAACAUUUGCAGACAUUAUCUGAGCGUGAAUUUGGUAAAAUUCAAGUUUCAUUAGUUCAACUCGAACAAAAAACGCAAGAAAUCGAAUCAAAAUAUAGCGAAGUUCAAGCAAAAGUUUUCAAAUCAGAACAAAGGAUUGAAACAUUCAAAGAAGAACUAAAAGUUAAUGAGGAACAGUUACAGCAAUGGAUACAAGCAGCAAAAGACAAAGAAGAAGACUUCCUUGUCCUUCAAAGAUACAAAAAAGAAGAUGAAUCGAAAAUUCGCCAGAUGAUUUACGAAAUUGAAAAGAAUCAAGGACUUGUUGAUGCAAAACGUGCAGAACUUGAUCAAGAAAUUACAACAACUCGUGCUCUACAAAUAGAAUUAGAUACAACAGCUUCCCAGUUCAGAGCUCUUCACAAUGAAAGGGCCGAACUUCUUGAGCAAUGGGAGAAUACUCUAAAGCAACUACAAUCUCUUAAUGAUUCCAUUGAUGAGAAAAAUAAACAAUACGAUCAAAGAAAAAUCGAAGCAGAAAAACUAUCUACACUUACUAAAGAGGAAGAAACAAACCUCGAGAAAGCUCUUAAACACAAUAAAACCAUCGAUAGAAACAUUACAAUUGGAGAUGCUGUAAUUACAAAGAAACAUGAAGCAUUUGAGCAACAAGACAAGGCAUUACGUGAAUUUAAUGAAGUUGUUGAGACCCAAAGAGGCGCUUUCGAGCUUGCAGAGUCAAAUGAAAGAUUCAUCAGAGCAGAAAUCGAAGAAUUACAUCGAAAAACGCAACUAGAAAUCGAGAAGAAGAACAGUUACUUGGAAAGACUCAAACUAACACAGAACGCCCUUGAUGUUCAGAAGGAUUCAACGGAAGAAAUACAGGAACAGACGAAAUUCAUAUAUGACUUCAUUGAAAAAGCCAAAGGAACGAUAAAGGACAAAGAAAAAGAAAUCGACGCCGUUAAAAAGACGAUAUAUGAGGAAAGCCAAGCUUUACAUGACGAAAAAACGAAGGAGAAGAGCGUUAGAGCGGAAUUGGAAGGCAGCAAGUCACACAAUAAAGCUCUACAGGCAAAGAUAAGUGAUUUGGAUAGAGAAAUGAUGAAACAAGACGGAUUAAAAUAUAAUGCGAAAUAUCAGAUUGCUAUGAUGGAGAGAAAACUCGGGAGAAUAAGGGGAGAUAUUCCAGAAGACCAGAAACAAGAGUUUCUUGAUAAAAUUGAGAAAUUAGAAGGAGAAUUGCAAAAGAAAGUAGAACACGAGAAGUUUAUUGCAGAACAAAUAAGAAGAUUAGACUUAGAUUACAGGCAAUGCCAAAGAAGGAAGGAUAAUUCAAUGGAAAAGAAGAUCAAAUUAGAAACCGAGCUAAAUGAAGUAACAGUUGACGACGAUGCAUUGACAAAAGCCAUAGAAAGGGCUAGACAGAGGAAAUCAGAGGUUCUUGUCCAGCUAAACAUGCUCAGAAUCCAAGUUGAGAAAAUGACAGAACAAUAUGCGGCCAAAAGUGACGAAAUCAUCUCUUUAGAGAACCGCCGUCAGCAACUACAGCUAAGUAUGCAAGAAAGGCUUCUUGAAAUCGAUGAACAUUUGGCCGCAUUACGAAUAACACUGAAAACAGAAGAAGAAGCCAAACACAAGCAAGUUACAGAGCUUGCCGAGCGUAAGAAACACGAGAAGGUCAUGGCAAACAAGUUCCAAAUCGUCAUGGGAACGUACAAAACAGAAGAUGGAGAAGAACCAACACAAGCCAAAAAUGUCAUCAAAUUUGCCACCCAAAAAGAAGAAAUUUCUCGUCGUGGAGAUGAACUCGAUGCAGAGAUCAAGACUGCAGUCAAAGAACUCAAAGCAUUGGAGAGAACAAUGGCGAAAUUCAGUGACAACAAUGACAAAUUCAAAGAAGGAUUUCGGACGGCGAAUGACAGCGAAAACGACGUCGAAAGGAAGAAAGCUCUUGAAGAACAAAAGAAGAACUUGCAGGCAAGGUUGAACGCCAGAAGAAUGGAACUCAGAAGAUCAGAAGAAGUUCACAGCGCAAGUAAUAAAUCAUAUGACGAUAAAACAAAUUAUUCGAUGAAAAUCAAGUCCGAAAUCGAGAAAUUAAAAUCGAAUUUGGCCAAACAAGAAUCAGAGAACAGAGAAGAAACGGAGAAGCUCAAAAGGGCUACAGCGAUUCUCACGAAACUUCGAGAGCAACAUAGAAAAGAAAACAACAUUCCUCUCGAAGCGAAAUAUCCUUCAACAAUCUUGGAAAUGGACAUGGAACUGAAAUUGACGAAAAUGGUCACUGAUUCUAUAGUUGAUGAACUGUCAAAGAUCGCGGCAAUGAACAGCGAAAUAAUGCCCCAUUUACAGUCAUAUCUAACAGGAAUUGGUUUGCAAAUGAAGAUUCAACAUUCUCCAAGAAAAAUAAAUAGAACUUCAUCAUCUUCUUCUAACUCUUCGGCAAAUGAAAUACAAGUCAGACCUCCUUCUUCUGGAGCUCCUUCCAGGGCAAGCUCUGCAAGGUCUUCAAGCAGAUCAAGUAAGAUAUCUCACCACAUUGAUUUGGCACUGGAAAACAUCAAAAGAGAUGAUGAAACUCGAUCUAAUUCUGCAAGAUCCACAAAAAGUAUUAACUCUGUUAGAUCAAAGAAUUCUCAAAGAAGUACAAGAUCAAGGGAUUCUUACAAUGAAAGACAAAAUGAUGUUGAUUUAUCUGUGCAAGGAAUAACUUCUGCAAGAAGAGCUGAACCAAGAAUAACAAAACCAAAUCUCAAAUAA